GUUCACAUCCGGCCCUGCGCCGUGCGCACAGAGGGUGGCGCUCCCUCGGUUUCCGUGUACGGCGGGCUGCACGGUGACUCGGCUUCGCUUUCAGUACUGCCUGCGGUGGUGAUGGCUGCGUGGGAAUCCACGGCCGUGGCCGAGCUGUGCCAGAACGGGAAGGAUGUGUUCAUGGACGCCUCCCAGCUGCUGCUCACUUAUGCCGACAACAUUCUAAGGAGCCCCAAUGAAGAAAAAUACAGAUCGAUAAGGAUCGGAAACACGGCGUUUUCCAGCAGACUCUUACCUGUGCCGGGAGCAGUUGAAUGUUUGUUUGAAAUGGGAUUUGAAGAGGGAGAAACCCACCUCGUGUUCCCCAAAAAGGCAUCUGUCGAGAAGCUCCGUGUAGUCAGAGACCGCAUUGCUUCGGAAAGGAGUAAGAGGAUGGAUGGCUCGUACAUCACGCAGCCUGACGCGCCAAGUCCGAGCCCUGCAAACAGACCACCACAAACGGCAGAGGAGUCAUCCAACUUUUUGGCAUCUGAAAUCAAGUUUUUCAAGACUUUACAAUCAAAUUCCCAACACGUUCUAGUAUACGAGCUGCCUAAACUCCAGCAAAGAGCCUUAGAAGAAAUCCCGGUUACUAUACUGAAGAAGAACGCUCAGGAGAAGUUGCACCAGGCCAAAGCGCUUGACUCUGCUACCACUGUGAACGAAGAUGACUUCUUGCUGUUGGAGCUGCUGCGUUGGUUUAAAGAGGACUUCUUCCACUGGGUGAACAAUCUCCCAUGUAGUCUCUGUGGGGGGGCAACCCAAGUGAGAGACGCCCAGGCUCCCUCUGCUGAUGACCUUAGAUGGGGGGCAAACCGCGUGGAGAAUCAUUACUGUGAUAAGUGUCAGCACAUCAACAGGUUCCCAAGAUACAAUGACCCUGAAAAGCUGCUGGAGACUCGGCAAGGUCGUUGCGGGGAGUGGGCAAACUGUUUUACAUUGUGUUGCAGAGCUUUGGGUCUUGAAGCUAGAUAUGUUUGGGAUUCUACAGAUCAUGUCUGGACUGAGGUGUUCUCUUCGUCUCAAAACAGAUGGCUUCAUUGUGACCCAUGUGAAAAUGCUUGUGACAAGCCUCUCCUCUAUGAGGUUGGAUGGGGGAAGAAGCUUUCUUACAUCAUCGCGUUCUCCAAGGACGAGGUUGUCGAUGUCACCUGGAGAUACUCAAGCAAACAUGAAGAAGUGAUCUCUCGGAGAACUGAAGUCCAAGAAAGUUGGCUACGAGAAACAAUUGCUGCUCUAAACAAGACGAGGCAGCAGUCGUUGCCAGAAAGCCGGAAAAAGGAGCUUCUCGGAAGACUGAUUGUAGAGAUUGUAGAGUUUAUGUCUCCUAAGGCCGCUAAACCUGGAGAGUUUGGUGGCAGGGUGUCUGGGUCACUGGCCUGGAAGAUGGCAAGAGGUGAAAGCGGAUUACAGAAUAAGAGUGUCGUCUUUGUGCCAUCUGAAAAGGAGAAGACCAGCAAAUGCUUCCAUCUUCAGUACAACAUUGUUGAAGAUGUCUACAACCGAGUCUCAAAUAACAAUGAGAUGAUUUCUGGAUGGGAAAAUGGCGCUUGGAAGAUUGAGUCUGUGUGUAGAAAAGUAGAGAAUGACUGGAAGAUGGUUUAUUUAGCUCGUAGUGAAGGCUCCACAUCGGCAAGAAUUGGUUGGAAGUUUGAAUGUGCUUCAGUGGGGCUUAGGGUGGAAAGCCUAAGUUUCCGUACCAGUAGUCAAACCUUCAAUAGUGGUAAAAUAAAUUGGAAGCUGUGUUCUGGGGACAUUGAAGUGGAAGUAAACCCUGAUAAAAAUCUUUAUUCCUAUUCGGAGUUCCUAAACGCAUCGGAAGUUGUGAUAGAAGCAGAAUUAAGUGGAGGAGAUGGAAACACCGCAUGGCAGCAUACACAGCUCUUCCGAGAGUCAUUGGAUGGAAAAGACAACUCUUUAGAGAUAAUAAUAACUCUUAAAGACCCUUAGGAACAUUUUGUAUUUGUUUUAAAAAGCAUUAAAGCAAUGGUUCUGAAAGAAAGCCAUGAUUGCAAUUUUACUCAUUUUUCUGUUUCGGUUUUUAUGUUAAUAUGGUCCAAAAUAGGGACAGGUAUUACAUGGAAAUGUAAUGUGGCUUCCUGUACAUCAGUGUAUGCCAAUUGGCAAACCACAUUUUGCAAAACACGAUCGUUACAUAUACAGGAAGCAUUUUGGGUGAAAUGAUUUUACAUGUUUGCUGUAUUACGGUUUAUGUUUGAUUUUUGUUUUUAGGUUAUUGAAGAGAAUUUUCUUUUCUUUUUUUUUCCACAAAAAAAAAAUUCAAUUGAUCUCUUCUUCUACGACAGAAUUAUGUGUUUUUUGUCCAGUUUCUAGAAACAUUUGAAAUGUCUGAUAUAAUCCGUUUUAGCUGCUAUACAUUUACCAAGAUCAAUAAUAUAUCGGUAAAAGGUCUCAUCUGGAGAUCAUGUCUCAUUUGUUUUCUUGUGAAUAUGGGGGAAUAUACUGCCUUUUUUGACAUAUUGAAAUUUUGAAAAAACUAUUUAUCCUGUUCUAUAUGUGGGAUAGACGGUGCCACCUGUCAUAUUAAAAUAAAUUGAGUUUAUUUUUUUUGUUAUGUCUGACAUAUUUAAAUAAAACAUCUAUUUUUACUAUUUAUACAUCUUCCUUAUAGAGUUCCGUUUAGAGCGGAGCAAACCUCUGUGCUUAUGUUUAUAUUAACCUCAUGAGUUCAAUAUAUAUUGGCAAGGCAAUUGCUAGCUCAUGUGGUGCUCAAGGAAGUUUUUAUAUAUGAUUUGCUAAAAUUAAAUAAAACACAUACACGCUGGCUUUUACCUCCUGAAAAAAGUGCUAAUAGGUUUUACAGGUAAAGCAAUCAUUACCAUAGCGUAACAACUACCAUGCCUCACUUCUUAACCCCUUCUUGACAAUGGAAGAUUUUCUGUACCCUUCGUGACUAUGGCUGUUUUAGCAUUUCUGCAGUGCUCGUGUUUAGCUGUAAUUUUCUUCUUUCUCAUUUAAUGUACCCACACAAGUUAUAUAUUGUUUUGUUUUUUUUUUUGUUUUUUUCAGGACAAUAAGGGCUUUCUUUAGAUGUUAUUUUGAUUGCAUCAUAUAAUUUACUAUUAAAGUAUAAAAUAUGGUGAAAAAUUUAGGAAAGGACUUUUUCUGACUCUUACUUGAAAAAUUGUUUACUCCUCUAUGAAAGCUAAUAAAAAAAAACCUGCUAAAAAAA